CUGCACCUUCUGAACAGUGUGCGUUGACUAAAUCUGGACUCGACGGUGGCAUUUUGUGUCCAGAAAGAGUGAUGUUGCUGUGGGAGGAGACUUAAGCUCCAGCCUGUGAGGCUGAACUUCAGGUUAAAUAAGACCCAGCGGUCAAUCAGUGUUUUAUACACACCAAACCUGAAGAAGAAGGCUGUGAGGUCUGCAUCUGUUCUCAAUCUGCUUGUACAUUGAAUCAGGAUGGACAGGAAGCAGUGUUGUGUGAAGUUGUCGGUCGAGCCGUCCAGAGGGCUCAUGGAUGAGAAGUUUAUCGUCCUGGUCAAGAACGUCCUCCCUGGUUCCCAGCUGACCGUCUACGCCCUCUACCAGUGUGAUGAUGGACACAGCUGGGAGGCGUUCGCUCACUACACCGCCAACACCACCGGGACUGUGAACGUUUCAGAGGAUCCCAGUCUGGGCGGGACAUAUUCUGGAGUUGAACCGAUGGGUCUAAUGUGGAGCCUCAGACCAGUUCCAGGCAGCAAACCUUGGCUCAGGAUGAGGAAGAUGAACGUCCAGACUCCCAUGGAGGUCAAAAUCUCGGUGUACCAGGGUCACCAGACUGAGGGCUUCGUGGAUCAGGUACCGCUGGCCGGUGUGGUGGUGGAGCGCUGGUACAUGGCGCCCGGCGUCCGCAGGAUCCCGGUUACAGAGGGCGGGCUCACUGCGACCCUCUUCCUCCCCUCAGGACCGGGACCUUUCCCCGGCCUCCUGGACCUGUGGGGGGGUGGAGGGAAGUUGGUGGAGUACUGCUCAGCGCUGCUGGCUUCUCACGGCUUCGCCUCCUUGGCCCUCGACUACCUGACACCUAAAGUCACCAUGGAAACUGGGAAGAUGGUGGACAAUGAGUACUUUGAGACGGCCUACAGAGUCCUGGAGCAGCAUCCUCAGGUCCUCGGCAGCAGGAUCGCCAUGUUGGGUCUUUCGUUGGGCUCCAGUGUCACCCUCAACAUGGCGGUUUACUCCCAAAUUGUAAAGGUAAGAUGGCUAGCUUUAAGUUACUCAUCAUCUUGA